CAGUUAGUCCUCGAACUCGCCACUGACUUCACUCAAGCCACGCCUACGCACUUUGUGUUCUUUUGGCGGUUCUUCUUUCUCUUCUUUAGACCAUGUUGCUGCUAACCUACGCCCGUCACUGCUUAACGUACGCACCCCCGUCCGAUGAAGCCAGCAUUGCAAUUUGGGCUUAAGACUUCCACGAUUCUUCCUGGCAUUGCAGUACUUCCAAGGAAUUUGAGAAUUGGAACAUUGGUUUCUUUUAGAGUAAGUGCAAUGGGGUCUAAGCGAUCCCUCUCGAAUUCAUCAGUGCCUGUCUCAUCUUCGAUAGUUGAGGACAAGAAAGAUAAGAAACUGAAAGGGUCAAUCAGUACAAACCAAGAUUUGGAGAAGGGUGCUGUCAAGGAAAAUGGUGUAAAAAGCUCUUUAGGUGAGAUUCAGAGAUUUAAGGAUGACCCAGCAAAAAUUGAGACAAUGACAGUUCAAGAGCUUCGAAGUACAUUGAGGAGUAUAGGGGUUCCUGCUAAAGGAAGUAAACGCGACCUUGUGUAUGCUUUGAAGUGUUUCGUGGACACAAAAAUAGAUGGUGAAAAUUCUCCGGUGGUAGAAGAACAUGUAUCCUACGUUUCUGCUGAAAGUAUGUCAAUACAAAGUAAGGUUAAAAAUUUAUCUGAGGAAGAACAUGCUGAAAAUGUCAACACUGAUUUGGAGGUUCCCUCUCUUCCACGGCACAAGGGAAGAAUAAAGAAAUCUGUAGCUGAGGGAAAUGCAGUCAAAGUUGAUGCUAAAAUGGUCACUAUGAAACAAAAGCUGUCAACCAAAUCUGAUGGGGUUUCAGAUGGUGUGAUUGUGCCGGGGUUAUUGUUGUUAGGUGGGAAGUUCUCACAGGCAAAGAGAACUUCAGAGAUUGUUACUGAAGCUGUUAACGGUGAUGAAGUUAAUUUGCCCGUUGUAAAGACUGAACCAUGGACAAUUCUUGCCCACAAGAAGCCUCAGAAAGGUUGGAUCCCUUAUAAUCCGAGAACCAUGAGGCCUCCACCUCUUACCAGGGAUACAAAGUAUGUGAAGCUUAUGUCUUGGAAUGUCAAUGGAUUAAGGGCUUUAUUGAAGUUAGAGGGGUUUUCUGCACUGCAACUUGCUCAAAGGGAAGAUUUUGAUGUGCUGUGCUUGCAAGAGACCAAAUUGCAGGAGAAGGAUGUUGAGGAAAUCAAGUAUCUCAUAGAUGGCUAUGACAAUACCUUCUGGACUUGUAGUGUUUCCAAACUUGGUUAUUCUGGAACAGCAAUUAUAUCAAGGGUAAAGCCACUUUCAGUCAGAUAUGGCCUAGGCAUAUCGGAUCAUGAUAGUGAAGGGCGGCUUGUGACAGCAGAGUUUGAUUCAUUUUAUCUGCUUAAUGGAUAUGUCCCUAAUUCUGGAGAUGGCUUGAAAAGACUGUCAUACAGGGUUACAGAAUGGGACCUGUCUCUGAGCAAUUACAUGAAAGAGCUGGAAAAGUCAAAGCCUGUCAUUUUGACUGGUGAUCUGAAUUGUGCUCAUGAAGAGAUAGACAUAUUUAACCCUGCUGGAAAUAAAAGAAGUGCUGGGUUUACCGAUGAAGAAAGGAAAUCAUUUGGGACAAACUUCUUAUCAAGGGGCUUUGUGGAUACAUUUAGAAGGCAACACCCAGGCGUUGUUGGCUAUACUUACUGGGGUUAUCGGCAUGGUUUACGCAAAACAAACAAAGGGUGGCGGCUAGACUACUUCCUUGUCUCAGAAUCCAUUGCAGACAAGGCUUAUGACUCAUACAUUCUCCCCGAUGUUGGCGGUAGUGAUCAUUGUCCUAUUGGCCUUAUCCUUAAGCUUUAGCUCACCCUGAUGGUAGGAGGGCUAGUAGCAAUUGUUGCCCGCUUGGUGCUUGGCACUUGGCCUCGUAUUCAAACUUUUAGUUUUUCCGACCUGUCAAAUGCGAUAUUUUGGGGUUGUUAAUAUUCUUUUUGGCUUAAGAUUAUGUGAUCAACCUAAAUCAGAACAAACAGAACUUAGUAAGUAGUUAAUGGUGGAGGGGUACAAGUGAAAAUUUUGUAGAGCUUGUUUUGCCACUGUGCUAACAAUAUUUCAGGUGUUCUAAUGGUUUUUACAUUAAUUUA